GCGGGAGAGAGGUUGGGCCCAUACAUGGCGUGGUGGGGAUAAACAGAUAGGUUAACGACUGUCCGGCGCGCAUACCGCGCAUACCUCUACUGUCGCCACCAAACUGAUGCGGCUCUUACUCUACACCCCAAGCCUAAACAUUACACAUCGCCAGCACAUCCGAUCCGUAUACCCAAUAACCCGCCCCUUAGAUCACCCACUGAGGUAUCUAUUCGCCAGUAUUCGCCAGCCCGCUGCACUUGCCUGAGCACACCCCAUUCAGCCUUGCCUCGUCUUAUCUUGCCUGAUUCUGCCUUAUUUUGACUCGUCCUGUGGCGUGACCAAUGUAAAGGCCGCCCUGGAAAGUAAAGGAAGUAUCGGAAAGGCUGAGGAAGAGGAAGGAGGAAAGGCGGAGGGCGAAGGAGGAAGGAGGAACGUAGAGCCUCAUAUUUCCCAUGUCGCCACCAUCAUUCCCUACUACAUGAACACUUAUACACCCGAUUACCUUCUUUCUCUUUCCCGCUCGGCCUAGACUGGUCUUGCCCUGAGUAAGGUAGCUCCUGCCAUUUAAGACGAACUUCUGGCCGAUCUUUUCGGCACCUUCUUUCUCCCAAAUAUGGCGUUCGCCUCGCACAUAUCCCCUCUAGAGGCCUAUGUCUCUCCUGAUGAACUAGCCGAUGAGUUGGUCUUCCAAAAAACUCUUCUCCUUACACUUGAUAAGACCACGGAGGGAUCUGAACAGGCCGAAACAGACAUCAAGGCUGAGAUCGCCCGUAUUGAGACGCAAUUGAGGGCACUUCGAGGAGGGGUAACAGGACCGCACAUUGGCGCCUCGGUGCUUGGGGGGGAUAUAUCACAACAACAACAACAUACAAACAACUUUGGAUCCGCCUCUCCCUUUUCCAAUUACAACCCUACAUCCACUGACCCGUUUUCUUCCAACACAAUGGACCCCUCUCACCCGCCAUCAGGCUCGGCUUCUGGGUCUACAGCAAUCAAAGAUCCAAGUGCAAACUUCAGCCUACCAUCUAGAAAAAGAUCGUUUGAGGGGCUGCAUGGACUGGAUAGCUCGCGAAAGACUGGAAGCAAGUCAAGGCGUACUUCUCCAAACCCGUCGACUGGUGCUUCGACCUCAUACGCUACCACCUACACCGACCCUGUCACCCGUGAAUUGGAGUUGCACAAGAUCAGACAGAGGGAAAUCGAAGAAGCAGCAGCAAAAUUGAAAAAGGAUAGAGAGUAUGCGCGCCACCUCCAAGAUGGGUACUCUGCUUCUUCACCUUCUCAAUCUGAAAUCCGUCCUGUUGCAUCAAAGAGGCCCUCUGCUUAUGAUCGUAUGAUGGGAAUUUCACAUCACCCACCCCCAUCAAGAUCCCAGAAAAAAGACUCUCAAAAUACAAACUCCCAGGAUAACGAAGUUCCAGCUGCCACACAAGGCUCGCAGCCAGGUCAGAGACCUCAUGUUCAUCAAUCUGUGAAUCUGACGCUUAAUGGUCCGGCGUCUCACUCUACACUUAGCUCAAACACUCCUUCUAAAAUGCCGGGCUCUUACCCCGAUCAAGACAGUGAUUCAGACAUUGAAAUCAUUUCCUCGGCCGACUUCCGUGAGAAUAGGCGAGGGCACCAUCUGUCGAGAUCGCCACACCCCACCAAUGUAGGUUUUGGAAGCUACCUAUCAUAUACACGCCAGGGUCCACCUUCUACCCUGCCCUAUUUGGGUGGAUAUCCUAGUAACAAUAGUUACUAUCCCAACGCCUAUGGACAAUCGAUUAGCGGUGCAUAUCCAAGCAUGGCAUCCCCGGCGAUGGAUGCUCCACUGGCACAAAUUCUUAACCAGACCAGCGCUGUUGAUUACGUUGCUAUGCGAGAUAGAUUGAACCAAGGUCUAGCUGGGGAGAUCUAUAACUACGUCACCGACCCGCGAAAAACAGAGAAAGAAAUACAAGAUCUCUUGGAGAACAUUCGACCCGACACCGAGAUACCUGUAGAGGAUAGGGAGGGCACACCGGAGGGUCUUAAAUAUCCGUUAUAUGAACAUCAGAAACUGGCACUUACGUGGCUGAAAUCGAUGGAAGAGGGUUCCAACAAGGGCGGUAUCUUGGCUGAUGAUAUGGGCCUCGGAAAGACAAUUAGCACUCUGGCGUUGCUGUUAUCCCGUCCUUCGCAUAACAAGGCGCGGAAGACUACUCUUAUUGUUGGCCCUGUCGCUUUGAUAAGGCAAUGGGAGCGUGAAAUACUUUCUAAGAUUGUAUCUAGUCAUAGGCUCAGCACGUUUGUUUACCAUUCAGGAAAGAAGGCGACUUGGUCAACUCUCCGUACGCAUGAUGUGGUGUUGACAACAUACGGAACACUCGCUGCUGAGUACAAAAGAUACUUGGACAUCGAGAAGAGAAAAGAAGCCCACCCUGGCAUGGAUGACACGCCUUACCAGUCAACCCUUCCUUUCUUGGGAAGGAACUCUAGGUGGUACCGUGUAGUCCUAGAUGAAGCUCAAUGCAUCAAAAACAGAAACACCAAGUCGGCUCAGGCUGCUUCUCUGUUAGAUGCCGAGACAAGAUUCUGUCUGACAGGAACCCCGAUGAUGAAUGGUGUCCACGAGUUAUAUAGCUUGAUACAUUUCUUAAAAAUCAAGCCUUACAAUGAAUAUAGCAGAUUCUCAUCCGAGUUCUCCUGCCUAACGAAAGGCACCGGCUCCGAGUACAAUAUGAAAAGAGCUAUGAAGAAACUCCAGGCAGUCUUGAAGGCCAUCCUUUUACGCCGAACCAAGCAAUCUCAGAUUGAUGGGAAGCCAAUUUUGGUUCUGCCUGAAAAGACGGAAGUGGUUUCAAAUGCCAUAUUCAACGAGGACGAACAGGAGUACUAUACUUCACUAGAGAAGAAGACCCAGCUUCAGUUCAACAAGUACCUCAAAGCUGGUACAAUCGGCAAGAAUUAUUCUAAUAUCCUUGUCCUCCUUUUGAGACUUCGCCAGGCCGCCUGUCAUCCUCAUCUCAUUAUGGACUAUGAAGAGGCCCCCACAGAGGCAACUGCAGAGGAGAUGCUCAAUCUGGCGAAAACUCUUCUCCCAGAUGUUAUUGGUCGUAUCAUGGAUGCAACAGUUCCAUUUGAGUGUCCCGUCUGCUAUGAUCCAGUUCCAAAUCCCAGUAUUGUGGUACCUUGUGGCCAUGAUACUUGUGCACAAUGCCUCGUCAGGAUAACAAGCAGUUUUGACCAGGCUAUUGCCAACGGUGAAGACUCGACAUCAGCAAAAUGUCCCACCUGUCGUGGCGCGGUCGAUUUCAAAAAAAUCAUCGACUACGAAACAUUCCAACGCGCUCACAUGCCCAACUCUGAAUCUCUGACGAGCAACGCUGAUGACAUUGAUGAUGGAGAUAGCGACAGCUAUGAUUCGGACUCAGAUUCGGACUCAGAUAGCGGACCUGAAGAGACUGACGAGAACGGUAACAUUAGGGACUUCAUUGUUCCUGAUGAUUAUGAGACUUCUUCUGACGAAGAUGAUGACCUCGAGACGAGAGCAAAGGAAACCAAACCGAAAAUAGAGGUCGAUUGCAAGAAGGAGGCCAUAAAAUAUGAGGAAGAGGGCAAGGAAGCUCUUUCUAAGAUGCUGGGAGCUAGUGAUGGAAGCGAUGAUGACUUGCCUGCCGAUAUUUUCGCAACCUUUCGUGGCCAACCAAAGCGAGAAGAUGAGAAGAGCCAGUUGGCCAGCAAAUCAAAGCCACUAGGAAGCAAGGAUGUUUCCAAAGACAAGUCGAAGAAAUCUCAUCGGUCGAAAAAGCUGCCCAAGAGGAAGAAGACUGGGAAAAAGUCAGAGGACAAGCACGUAUCAUUGGCUGAGCUGAAAAAAAAGGCAUCCAAAAGCGCAGAUGGCUGUCGUCAGUAUAUGCGUUACCUGAAGAAGAACUGGGUUUCCUCAUCCAAGAUCGAUAAAUGCAUGGACAUCCUGCGAAAUUCGGCUCCUGAUGUUAAGACGAUAAUCUUCAGUCAAUUCACCACACUACUUGAUCUUAUGGAAGUUCCCAUCCACAGUGAAAGGAUUGGAUUUGGGCGUUACGAUGGAGGUAUGAGUGCAGACGCACGUAAUAACGCCAUUGUCAGAUUUACCGAUGAUCCGAGGUGCAAGAUCCUUCUGGUCUCGUUGAAGGCUGGCAAUGCAGGACUAAACCUAGUUGCUGCCUCACAAGUAAUUAUUCUUGACCCAUUCUGGAAUCCAUUUGUGGAAAUGCAGGCUGUUGACCGUGCACAUCGCAUCGGGCAGCAGAAACCGGUCAGUGUUCAUAGGAUUUUGGUGGAGGGUACUGUGGAAGAUCGCAUCAUUGAGCUUCAGAAUCGCAAGCGCAAGUUUGUCGAUGCCGCCCUGGAUGAGAAUGCCAGUCGCAGCGUUGGUAGGCUGGGAAGGGACGAGCUUGUCUUCCUUUUUGGUAACAACGAUGGUCCAAGUCGUGCUACGAUGGACCGACCUCGCGUAAGUCAUGAUACUGGAAUAGUCAAUCGUAGUGGGCUUGGUUCGAAUACUCAGUCCUUUCGCUCUGAUAUGCCCGUUUACGCUUCUCUUGGAGGUUCGGGUUCGUCGUCGGCAUUCUCUUCAUAUUCUCGGUAGGAAGGUUUAUAUUGGGCGUCAACUCAUGCUAUGCAUGUGUUUAUUUGCAGAUGCAUUUCACAUAGCUUGGCGUUGGGCAGGUUAUUUUGCUUUUACAGAGAUACCCACAGUACCGCGUUGCUGGGAGGGGAUUUUUUACACCAGAACAGGGCAUCUAUUUGGCGUUUACUAUUGUAGGACCACAACCUCCGAUUAAUGAUAACUUAGUUGAGAGGUAUCUCCAUGCCCAGUCUGUUUUUUUAGCAAGGUGUCUCUCUAAUGAUACGCACGAGAGAAGUGCAGAGCAUUGUAGUAUAUAUAGAGAGUAGCCUAUGUGACUUUUAUAAACAUGACCCCUGUAACUCCGAUAAACUACUGACGCUCAUCAUAUACUCGG